AUUCCGCCUCCAAGUUCUGCUCAUGCAAAAUUCUUCACCUCACAGAUCGUCGAUGUCUCAGACUGUAUUCUCAUUCAAGGCCCACCCCUCAUAUUUCUUCUCGCUAGGAAGCUGCUAACUUCCCACUUCGUUCGCCCCCAAAUCCUUAGAUAUACACUUGGAGAUUUAAUGUAGGAAAAUGUCGAAGAGUAAAAGGAGGAACCAGAGGCAGAGGAAAAAACGGAAGUUAGAGGAUAGAAGGGGAAAUUCUGUUGCGGAUUGGGCAGGGCUCCCACGGGAUAUUCUUGUCAUGAUCUUUGAGCAGUUGUCUCUUGUGGAUUGCAUAUCAGUCGAUAAUGUCUGUAAGCUAUGGAGCAAUAUCCUUUCCGAACUUCCAAAUUGGAAGAGGGGUGGAUUUCCAUGGCUUAUGAUGUCAGGUAAAAAAGAUAGAGAGAUGAGAACUUGUGCAAGCAUUCUGGAGAAUCGAAUUUGGGAAAUAGAGCUUCAUGAGGCAUAUGGAGCUUAUAUUUGGGGAUCUUUACAGGAUUGGCUAAUAAUGGUGAAGGAUCUUGGUUGUUAUUCUCUUGAAGUUAGUUUGUUGAACCCUUUCUCUGUAAGGAAGAUUAACCUGCCAAGGCUUUGGAACUUCUAUCACAAGAUGGUUCUUUCAGGUUCUCCUGCUGAGGAAAACACAAUUUGUGCAGCCAUUCAUAGUCAGAAUCGUGAAAUUGCCUUUUGGGUUCAAGGGUCAGUAAAAUGGCACAAGUAUAAACUCGAAGGUACACCUUUUGAAGAUGCUGUCUUCUGUAAUGGAAGUCUUUUUCUUCUCUGUAAUGACAGUAACAUUUUACAAAUGAAAGCAACAAGUAUCAUCUCAUAUUUUAGGGAAGAUGAAUGUGUUAUAUCUAUUUCUGAGAUCAAAGUACAGUUCCACAAAGUUCGAAGCCUGGAAAUAAACAGUCAACAUGUGUUGAAGUAUCUCGUGGAGUCCUCAGGGGAUGUUUUGCUGGUCUGUAGGUAUUUCAGUGAGAAACCGGAUGCUGUACUUGAAACAAUCAAUUUUGAGAUAUAUUCACUUGAUCUUUCUCAGAUGUCAUGGGAAAAGGUCGAGUGUCUAGAUGAUCAAAUUCUUUUUUUAGGUAAAUGUUGUUCUAGAUCUCUUUCUUCAACUGACCUCGGGAUUGCGAUCAGUAACCGUAUCUAUUUCUCCAACGAUGAUAUUGCUCCUUGGUGGAAUGAAUGGGAUUCUAAUCAUUUGAAAGUACUAUCUUCACGUUUUGGACUCAACAACUCCUCAGGAAAAGAUUGGGGAACCUUUCACAUAAUCAGAGACAGCAAUGGAAAAUUUUGUUUCCAUGGUAACCGUGACAAUUGGGGCCCCAUCUGGUUCACUGCACCUCUAUGGUGGUAUAGCAAGAACAUUGCUAGAAAGUCAAAUCGAUAUCGAUUAAUAUGGUGAAACUUAUCAUGUUUCGUGGUAGAAAUCCAAAAAUUACUGUUACUGGGUGUCCUUGAGAUGGUUGGUAAUGUAAGAAACUAAAUUUUUCUUUAGUGUCUAGCAUUACAAAAUGAACACUCAUUACAUGUAAAUUGCUCAAGCUCCAAGAGAAGCGUUUAGAACUGGGUAGGAUUAGUACUUCUCUUUUUGUAUAUGCCCUUAUUUUGUCAUAUAUAUAUCGUAAUGCUCAGGAUAAUGUUUGCUUACUGUUGAAA